AUGACUAUCAGAGCGGCCAAGUUCACCCCCGAGGUGUUGCUUUCUGCGCCACGACGAUCCCCCGCCGUUCCUAACUCGUCUGGUACGUUGGCCGUGUACACCCAGACGACCUAUUCCUUCUCCACGCAUAGCAAAACAAACGAGAUUCGCGUCGUCGACCUCGAGUCUGGCAACAGUUCAGUCGUCACCAGCGAUGCUGGUGCUAGUAACCCUCAAUGGCUGGACGACGGAGACUUUCUUAUUUGGUUAAAGGAGAAAGACAAUGGAAAUACCGGCUUUAUCAUUGGAGAUGCGCGAGACCCUGGACGCUCCUACACUGCGGGAACCGUGCCAGGACCAGUUUCCGACUUGAAGCUGACCACGAUUGAGCCGGGAAAGACUGGCUUUGUUGUCUCGGGCAAAGCCAACCCUGACGGCACGCUGUACAACCCGAAAGAUGCAAAGAAGCCUCUGAGCAGCGGCAAGUACUACUCUUCGAUUUGGGUUCGCCACUGGGAUUCGUAUGUUGAGCAGCAGCGAAACUCUCUGUGGUACGGAUUGCUGCAAAGCCCGGAAUCGACAGCAUCUGACAAGGUUAAGAAAUAUGCCUCUUCGGGCUUGACGAACCUGCUCGCUGUCUCUGGACUCGACGGUGUCGAAGCACCUAUACCACCGUUUGGUGGCACGGAUGGCUUUGAUGUCAGCCCAAAUGCUGUCGUUUUCAUUGCCAAGGAUCCAGAGGUCAACCCAGCCACGCACACGGCAUGUGUGUGUUAUUACUGCCCGAUGCCGUCAUGGACCGAUCUGAGUACGCGAGAGGCCAAGAUCUGUCAAAUGAAAGGACUCGAGGGAGCUAUGUCCUCGCCGGUACUGUCAAAAGAUGGCAGUGCGAUUUCAUUCUUGGUCCAGAAGAAGGACGGCCACGAAGCCGACAAGAAUCGUAUCAUCUUUGUACCCAACCCUUGGAGUGGUCAGCUUUUGGAGGUGUUUGAAUCCAAGGAUGGAAAGGGAGACUGGAAUCUGAGUCCGAGCUCGAUCACAUGGGCGCAAGACAACAAGUCGCUACUAGUCACAGUGGAAGAGAAUGGCAGAGUAGUGUUGUACCAACUCCCCAUUGACAACAUUCUGAAUGCGAAGCCGGACGAUCUGAAAAAGCUGGCCAGUACCGGCUCUGUCACGGGAGUUGCUCCUCUAACGGCAGACUCUAACCUUCUUCUUGUCACCAGCAGCAACUUGGUGGAGCCGAGUGUGUACACAAUAAUUGACCCUGAGAGGGCGGAGGAAGCGAAAGUUGUCUCUUCGAUCAGUCGUGGCGGUUCUUCGCUUGGUCUGUCGCGUUCUCAAGUAGAUGAAAUCUGGUACAAGGGAGAAAACUCACAACCCAUCCACGCCUUUGUUGUGAAGCCGUCAAACUUCAACCCAGACGAGAAAUAUCCCCUUGCGUUCCUGGUGCAUGGAGGACCUGAGGCUGCAUGGAACGAUCAAUGGAGCACUCGUUGGAAUCCCGCCGUGUUUGCCGAACAGGGUUACGUCGUCGUGACGCCAAACCCUACCGGCAGCACCGGGUAUGGCCAGGAGUUUACCGAUGCGAUCCAAGGAAACUGGGGAGGACUACCAUAUCUCGACCUGGAGAGGGGAUUUGAUUACAUCAAGAAGAAUUUGAAAUACGUUGAUACCGAUCGGGCCGUCGGUUUGGGAGCAUCGUACGGAGGUUAUAUGAUGAACUGGAUCCAAGGCCAUCCUCUCGGCCGCAAAUUCAAGGCUCUCGUCACUCACGAUGGUGUCUUUAGCAUGGUUUCCCAGCUCGCCAGUGAAGAACAGUACUUUCCCCUUGCUGACCUUAAGGGCCCGUUGUGGAAAGUCCCUGAUGAGUGGCAAAAAUGGGACCCCUCUCGGUUCACAGCGAACUGGGAAACGCCACACCUGAUCAUACAUAACGAGCUGGAUUAUCGGCUGACCAUGGCAGAAGGAUUAGCCGCUUUUAAUGUCUUGCAGAUGAAGGGUAUCGACAGUGGGUUUUUGACAUUCCCGGAUGAGAAUCACUGGGUGCUGCAGCCCGAGAACUCUUUGGUGUGGCACUAUGCUGUUAUUAACUGGAUAAACAAAUACGCUGGGUUACCUCAACUGUCUACGACCCAUCACGAGGCUAUUUUUGGCCCGUUAUCGACAGAUACAGCCGGGAAGAAAGUUACAACUGUGCCUUUGAGGUAG